UGGAUGGUUGCAUGGAUUUUAACCUGGGUUGGGCAGACUACAAAAAAGGCUUCGGUGAUUUCCUUAAUGGAGAGUUUUGGCUCGGACUAGAGAAGAUCCAUCGCCUGACGCAAAACGAGACAGAAAACAGGCUUCGAGUAGAUCUGGGAGUAACUAAACGCAAAACUGUCUACGCUGAAUAUUUGUGGUUUGGAGUCGGAGACAAGAAAGACCAGUAUCGGCUGAAACUCGGAAACAAAUCAGAAUGUGCGACUGUCAAAGAUUCUCUUAGUGAUCAUAACGGCUCCCCGUUUGGUACACGGGACAAAGUUUACAAGCAUUGUACCCAUAAGAUUUUUGGAGGCUGGUGGUACAUCAACAAUACUGACUGUGCUGUUUCGUCAAAUCUCAAUGGUGCUCAUCAUUGUAAAAAGAGAAAAAGGAACAUGAACGAGACCUUGGGCGAGCGAAAGAUUCACUGGGGUAUGUUAUCUGACACUGACGCAAGUCACACCAGUCCACUAACAUCGGAAAUGAAAAUAAAACCUGUGGAUUUACUUUUUAAGUGUUAAAACACUUUAUUGAACACAUGUAAUCGUUCAAUUGGCGUC